AUGGAGCUCCAUGUGACUUUUUGUUUUAAAGGGGAUGAGGAAGAAUCUGAAGAUGAUGAUUAUAUUCCAUCUGAAGAUUGGAAGAAGGAAAUCAUGGUUGGUUCAAUGUAUCAAGCAGAGACUCCUGUUGGCCUUUGCAUGUAUAAGGAUAAUGAAAAAGUGUAUGAGAAUGAAGAUCAGCUAUUGUGGAAUCCAGAGUUAAUUCCAGAAGAAAAGGUUGUAGAGUUUUUAGCCGAGGCCUCUAAAUGCAGCGGGGAAGAGACUGGUGUCUAUGCAAUUCCUGAAGGAUCUCAUAUCAAAGACAAUGAACAGGCUCUUUAUGAAUUGUUUAAAUGCAACUUUAAUUCAGAAGAAGCUUUAAGAAGACUGAAAUUUAAUGUGAAGCCUGCCAAAGAGGAAAUGUCAGUUUGGACGGAAGAGGAGUGUCGAGGUUUUGAGCAAGGACUCAACACUUACGGAAAAGAUUUCAGCUCAAUACAAAUGAAUAAGGUGAGAACUAGAUCUGUAGGGGAAUGUGUGGCCUUUUAUUACAUGUGGAAGAAAUCUGAGCGUUAUGAUUUCUUUGCACAGCAAACCAAGCUUGGAAAAAGAAAAUACAGUCUUCGCCCUGGAGUUUUAGAUUAUAUGGAGUGUAUUUUGGAGAGCUCUGAGUCCAGUGGAUCUUCGUCUUCACUUCCCACCUUUUCAAACAGCAGCAAACACCCAUCUGAGCCAGAGAGUGACACAAAUACCCAGAAUGGUUUAGGAAGCCAUUCCUCCAUGCCCCUUCUCUGCGUCACAGAUGAGAUAUCUCAGACAAACGGCUCCGCCACGUGUCCAGAUAUUUCCACAGCAAACACACCACCCUGCUCUAACCCUGACACCAGCAGCCCGAGCACACAAGUCAUGGAGAUCACAGUCAAACAGAAGGAGGAAGAAGAACUCUGUGAAAGACCUCUCAAAAGGCUUCGGACUGACACAGAGCCCAGCAGUGAGGGGUCUGUCCCCCACAACAAAACAGAGACCGUCUGACUCACCAGCAGAAACCCAGAACUCCUGACCUCAGAUGAGGGGUUGAUACAGGCCCUGUUUUUAGCAUGAAGGUAGCUGAGAUGUGUGUGUGAAUUUCAGGGAUGCAAAUGAAGCACAUUUCUGUCCUUUCACAUUACUGCCGCUGAGCUCAGUUCAUAUCUCAAACACUCAUGAUAGACUGUCAUAUCAGACAACUCCGUAGCACUAUUUAUUAAUAUAGGUUAAGAUGAUCAAUGUAAUUCUGUUUGCUCAAGGUUGUUUGAAAGAAAGAUCUGACAGAUUGUAUUUUGUGAAACUUUUGUCGUUUGGUGUGCAUAACAUUGCUGUAAAUGCACACUGUGGAAACGCCCUCUUGAUUUUAUAUGAAGUGUAAUACUGUAAAUAUUCAAAAUCUUUCUAACGUUGCAACAUUCCAUCCUUUUCAUUUCUGAAUUUCCUAUUUGACCAAAGUGAAUGGUUGAUAUUGGUCUUUUAACACCAAGCAUUUUUAGAAGAUAUUUCCUCUUUAUAUGAAAUAUUGUCUUAUUUUUGUAUUUGAUAGCUAUUUAUUUUUUUUAAUCAGCUAUUGGUGAUGCAUGAGGCCAGUAUACAGAGUAUAUUUGUAUAGGCUGGAACGAGUAGUCUUGAAUUAAAAAGGCAGAGCAGAAAUGAAUGGUGCUAUUUAUUCAUUUUCUCACUGUGAGAAUGUCAACCCAUCCUUUUUUUACGUUUUCUAGGACCUCUGUUAUUCCUGUCAGAAACGGUAGAGGAAAAUGGAAUCUACGGUUUUUGUAAACUGGUUGUCAUUCAUGUCUGCAUAGCUCAGGAAAAUAAGUACAGCAACAUAGGGUGUGUCAAAUAGUUGUCAGUUUCAAUUAGUGAACUACUCAUUCAUUAAACUCAUUAAAAGACUAUUUACCCAAAUUCAUAUUUUCUCUUUUCUGUCAUUACUGAAGUGAAUCAGAGCUCGUCACCUCAUUA